AUUUGAAGAAAUGUUUUGAUCGCAGUAGAAUUGGAGUUCCCUCAAUUCCCGCGAGUAGAAUUCGCAUCGUUAGAUCGGCGAAAAUCUCAGAUUUUGGGGUCACUUUCUACGGAACCGACCAUUGGCGUUGCGUCUCCUUGUACUUCAUCGAUAAAACCUAUGCAUGGCGUAUGCUUGUUCGAUAUAUCGAUAUCGCUUAGAUGCACCGAUUGACGUAAAUGUGUCAUUUCACACAUUAAAGACAAGAACUGCAUUUAUUAUAACACUCAAACUACUUGGAUGGUUGAAAAAGUAGGGUUAAAUUAUGCAAUUUCAACGAUAAUGCAACUCCAUUGACAGGCAAAAUGACUGAAAAACAUAAAUCUCUGGCAUUUGAAAUAGUUAAUUUGAAAAAACCAUCCGCUUUAAGCCAGGUGAUAAAGUCCGUUCCUCAGCCGAAAGGUGCAGUACCACGCUUUGGUUUGCCGAAAUGGAAAGUAAUGCCUUUGGAGUCGAAAAUACCCAUGAUCCCAGGCCCAGAAGGUGCUUACAGCUUUACGAGGCAAAAAGUGGGGAAGAAGCUCUGGAUGGGAUUUCCGGAUGCCGAAUUUAAUUUAAACGAUCCUUACGGCUACGAGGCGAAAUUCUCCUACGCUUCGUUACACGACGAACAUCUUGCACCGUAUUUUUCUCGCCCUAACAUCAUCCAGCACAUGGUCGAUCUAGGGUUUAUUACGAAAGACUUAGAUGCCAAGUGCUCCUUGAAAGACUAUAACAUGUACAGGAAAUAUUUAAAGAAACUCCACAACGACGGCAUUAAUAAGGAACUCAAAAGACGAAUGGACUUCCACGGAGAGAAGCGAAUUCUGCUUAUGGCUGAGGCUCGAGCUCAGGCUGAAGCAGAAAGGUGCCGAUCACUUAAUAUUUUACAACAAUUUAAUAUGCUUCAUUUAUGUAAACAAUUGUUAAACACGUUCUUUCAAAAUAUCUCCUAUUCGCUCUAAAAAAAGUACAUAAAUCCAAUGACUGACGCAAAAUCUGAACCUUGACAGAUUCAAAGCAAGAGAAAGGCACAAAGAGACGCUCGAUAAACUUCAGAAACAAUUAAAACAUGAAAAGGAAAGACAAAUUCAUAAA